AUGAAGCUGUUUGAUCACGAAUUAUUCUUCAAACAUUUUCGAAUGUUGCCCAGUAAACUGGAAGAAUUAUUACAGUGGGUAGCACCAAAAUUAACAAAGCCUGCGGUUAAACGAGAUCCAGUCGGCCCAGAAGAGAGACUAUGUGUUACUUUAAGAUAUGUCGUAACUGGAGAUUCACAAGUAACCAUUUCUGGAAGCUACCGGAUUAGUCAAGCAACAGUUGGUCGUAUUAUCAAAGAAACUUCUGAUGCUAUCUGGGAUACACUGGUCGAGAAAGGUUUUUUAUCUGCUCCUGUGCAAAAAGAUCAGUGGAAAAAAGUAGCACGUGGUUUCGAAGAAAAGUGGAAUUUUCCCCAUUGUAUAGGAGCAAUCAACAGGAAGCAUGUGGUUGUACAAGCUCCAGCAAAUAGUGGGUCAAUGUUUUUUAAUUACAAAAAAUCAUUUAGCAUUGUUCUAUUGGCUGUGUGCAACAGUAAUUAUGAAUUUACUAUGGUUGACAUUGGGGAAUCAGGGAGACAAAGUGAUGGAGGAACAUUUGCUAAUAGUAACAUUGGACAAGUCAUCACUAAUGAUUUGUGUGACAUUCGUGAUCCAUGUAAACUAGACAGAUCAACAUUUAUAGCCUCAUACGUUUUUGUUGCUGAUGAUGCAUUUCCUUUAUGUUACAACAUUUUUAAACCCUAUUCCCAUAUUAAUCUCAGUCUGAAUGAAAUAAUUGCAAAUUACAGAAUAUGCUGGGCAAGAAGGACAAUUGAAAACACAUUUGGAAUUAUGGCUGCAAGAUUUCGUAUAUUUCGUCGUCCUAUUGUGGCAAAAGUAUCAACAGUAGAAUUCAUCACAAAAGCUUGUGUACCAUUGCAUAACUAUCUUAUGAAAGAUCGUUCUAGUGAUGGAGCUAGUCGAUACUGCCCUGUCAGAUUCAUUGACCAAGAAGUUCACAACAGGCAGAGAGAUGGUCUGUGGAGAAACUGUAGUGCAACCUGA